AUGAGCGAAGGCGAAUCGGAUUUCUCGUCGCCGGGCUGUAGCCCAAACACCCAAUCACGAGGUCAAUCUGAGAGACCCAAUCGGUUGUCAUUCUCAAUCGAACAAAUCCUUGCGCCUUCACCCUCUUCCCAACCUUCACCGAAUCCGGCUCUCAAUUUUUUUCCAUGUUCAGAUCUUGUUGGCCGACCAAGUUCAUCCAAUUCAACGAGUUUCCCUUUCCAAAUUGCUUCCGAUCCCCGUAAUCUCUUCCCAGCUUGGAUCUUUUGCACUCGUUAUUCGGAUCGACCCUCUGCUGGCCCUCGAACGAGACGACCGCGUAAACGAGAGUCACCAUCGGAAGAAGAAAGAAGACCGAGGACAGCUUUCACUCCACAACAAUUGCAACGACUCAGACAACAAUUCAUCGAUAAUCGGUACUUGACUGAAAAGAAACGGCAAGAGCUAGCGCACGAGCUUGGCCUCAACGAAUCGCAAAUCAAGAUCUGGUUUCAGAAUAAACGAGCUAAACUGAAGAAAGCGAGCUCGGAUAUCCCUUCACCGAACUAUUUAGCGAACGAA